AUGAGUAACUAUGCAAUAGACAUUACAAACCAAAAAGUUAAGGAUGUAAUGAAUGAUUUUGGGAUUGAUGACAAUGAGCUUGUUUUGAAGUAAAUUUUAUUCAGAAAUAUAGAGGAUUUUCAAGCUCCAAGAGUAAGCCCAGAAAUUGUGAAAUUGAGAUAUGAUUAUUAUAAUAGAAGAGAGAGAGAGAGAGAUUUAGAUUAGAGAGGUUAAACCGGGGUUUAUUUCAGCCCCUAGCCAAUCGAGCUUCAGCUUCGCGCUUCAUGUGGCGCUAGUCACUAAAGCCACCUAACGCCCUUUUUUGUCGACGUCACCAUUUUUAAUGACGUCGCCAUCUUUCGGGGAGACUCAACCGCACCUGCUGGACCAAAAAAUUGCAGCAAAGGACUCUCUUAACCCCUGGUAGUGCUCAGGGUAUGAGGGACCGUCCCGUGCCUUCUUCUGGAACUACCCUUGCUAUUUGCAGGCAUCAUAUUGCUCCUCCAGAAGUAUCCGAUUGGUACUGCUGCGCCGUCGGUCUUCUCGCCUGUGGGCCGAGGAGAGGCCCAGUCAGCCCAAGCCAACACCCACCCCGGACAAUCACCGUCAGUGACCCCGUGGCCCUUCGGGGCACUUUUUUUUUAAUUUGUGACCCCAAAUUCUGGAUUCUUUUUUUUCUUGUCGCAGUACAGCAACGUGUCGCCACAUUGCCUAACGGCAAUUAUUUAUAAUAGAAGAAGAAAAUAGUUUUUUAUCCCUACCCUAAUUAUAGAUUUCCCUAACAAAAUCAAGCCAUUCCCAUGCCAAGCGUCCCGAUUCCAAAGCAGCAGCUCCUAGCCAGCACGAUUUCCACAGCCACGAAUCCCAACAGCCACGAAUCCCAACAUCAACCUCUCACGGCCACAAAUUAGCGGCGUAAAAACUUCAGCUGCAGAGUUUUUUGUUUAAUUUUUCGGUGCGAGCCCUUCUUUCAAAGAUCAGUGACUCCAAGAGCGACUCCAUCAGCAACUCCAGAGUUCCAAAAAUCCCCAAACUCCCUAGACUCCCAAACUCCCCAAACUCCCCAAACUCCCCAAACUCCCCAAACUCCCCAAACUCCCCAAACUCCCCAAACUCCCCAAACUCCCCAAACUCCCCCCCAAACUCCCCAAACUCCCCAAACUCCCCAAACUCCCCAAACUCCCCAAACUCCCCAAACUCCCCAAACUCCCCAAACUCCCCAAACUCCCCAAACUCCCCAAACUCCCCAAUUAUUACAAUAGGAAAGUUAAAGACACAGUUAGGAGAAUUCGUGCAGAGUUAAGAAAUAGACGUAUGAGUGCAAUUAAUAGUGCAAACUCAAUUAAUAGUGAAUUUCUUUCAAAAAAUACUUCUUUGUAUUCAAACUUAUCCAGCCCAAAUAUUGAAAGUAUUAUGAAAAUUGAAGAAAAUAGAUUGGAUAGGCUUAAGAAAAAACAUAAACAAAUAUUAGUUGACACUUUGCAAGCAUUAGAAAAAGCUAAAAAAUACAAUGAGGAUAAAUCACAAACUGAAAGAGGAGUUGAAAGAGCCUUAAAAGAAAGAUCAGAAAAGUUCAAAAAAAGACUUCAAGAACUCAAAGAAAUCCAAAAAGAAAAAUUCAAAGAUUCACUAAAUUCUCAAAAAAUAUAUCAGAAAACCUUAGAUGAGAAUAUCAACAAAAGUAUGAUGGAACAUAUUAAAAGAGAAAAAGAAUAUGAAGAAAUGAAGAAAAAUCUUGCAAGGAAAAAUGAUGAAAUGCUUAAAGAAAAGCAGAAAAAAAUAAAAAAAUCAAAAGAAGGCAAUAUAAGAGACAAUGAAAAUUUUAUAAGAUAUCAGCUGUCUUCCAUUGAAGAAAAAUACAAAAAAUCUGAUGAAAAAUAUCUAAAAGAAAUCAAUAAGAAAAAAGAAAAAACUCAGUCAAUGAGAAAACAUUGGAGUACAGUAAAUCUUAAUCUCGAAAAACACAAAAAAAAUAAUGAAGUUGACAAAGUCUUAGAAAUAAUUGAAAGGCAACAAGAAGUAGAUGAAAGAAAAGAAAGCAUUAAGAGAGCUUUAGAACAAAAAUCUAAAUCGAAAAAAGAAUUAAUGAGGGAAAGAAAAAAACAAGCAUAUUUAAGGCUGAAAAGUGAAGAAAGUGAAUAUAACAAUAGAUUAAAAAUGAUUGAGCAAAAAUUAGCUUCAUCUCAGAAAAAUAUAGAGCAAAAAGAAGAUGACUGAAGAAAAGAAGUUAUUUUAUAUUAAUUAAAUAGAUAUUAUUUUUAUUAAUUUAUAAAUUCAAAGGAAUUUUUUUUUUGGAAAUAAUUUAAAAAUUUUAAUUUUGUAAUUAAUCGUAAAAAUAUACUUUAAGACAUGAGCUGCAAAGGCUUAAAGACGAAGACAGUACAACAAAAGUCCAACGUGCAAAUAGAAAAUUUGUAAAAUUUAUUUACUUCCCCCUUCCUUGGCCGAACCGAUCGCCUUGUUUGAUCAAUAUAUUAAGUUAAUGAGCUAAACAUAAGAGAUGGAAUAUUAUAUAUAAGCAAAUAUGCUAAAAAAUGCAUUAAAAUUUUCUAGGAGCAAUUAUACGUUAUAAUUUAUUAUUCUUAAAGAUAAAUAGCUAGAUUUUAGGAGGCAUCGUAGGUUUCAUUUUUGGCCAUCGAUUAAGAAUGGGUUAAUUUCCCCAAAUUUUAGGAAAUUUUAAGAAUGGAGUUAGAAUUUUAAAAAAUUUCAAAUGCUCGAAAGACAGCUCGAAAGAAGCCAUAAAAUUGACGAGCUUAAACAAGAAAGAGAAUUACUCAAAGAAAAAAUACGGUAAAUCUCAUAUAGAGAUGGAGCAAUUCAAGCUAUGAUAGAAAAAGAAAAAUUAAAAGAAAUGGUUGCUUUAGUAUCAAAAUCCCCUGAAUCCAAAGCUGCCAAAGACAAACUUAUCGAGCUUAAUUUACUCAAACAAAAAAGCCAAACUGACAGUGAAUCCGAAGAAGACGUCCAAUUUCAGCUUUCUAUGCCUUAG